GCUCAGUUCCAAUAUGGCUGAAGAUCCCGGGGGAGUGACUUUUAUUCACUCAAUCACUUUCUCUUUUCUUUCCUUUUCUCCUGCCGGUUCCGCAACAUGGAAGAACUCUCGAUAGCGUGUUUCGGUCUCGUGUUGUCGUCGCCAUGCCAAAGAAAGGGAACAGAAAACGGCUGAAAUACCGCGGAAACAUUUCUUCUGAAACAGUUACUGUGGCAGAUUAUGCCGAUUCAGAUCCAGCUAUUGUGAAGACUGGUAGAAUAAAGAAAGCUGUAGCGAAUGCAAUUCAGAAAGAAGUAAAGUUAUUAUGUGGUUUGGAAGCUUCUCAAGUCCCUGUGACAGAAGAGGCUCUUUCCUCUGUUUCUGUGGAUCAUUUGGACUGUGACAGCAGUGAUGAAGUAGAUGUUGAUGGUCACUCAAAUGACUUGAAGGUUUCUAGGAAGAAGAAAAGCAAAAGACAGCAAGAGAAUGUUGAAGACUGUGGGCAGCAGUACCCCAUAGAUAUUUGGUUAUUUCUGGCAUCCUACAUACGACCUGAGGAUGUUGCCAAGUUUGCUCUCAUAUGUAAAAAUGCCUGGACUGUUACCUGUACUGCUGCAUUUUGGACCAGGUUAUACAGAAGAUACUACUGUUCAGAUGUUUACUUGCCUGUACGUUUGCAACGCGAAGUCAUAGGAAAGUUGGGUUCACUGCGUGCCUGUGUGAUCCGUUCUCUGUAUCACAUGUAUGAGCCAUUUCGUAUGCGCAUAUCAGAAAAACCUGCAAUUCCUGAGUCAACUCCGAAUACAUUACAGAACUGUAGUUGCUUGCUGUACUGGUGCAAGAAGGGGACUGGAAACAGAUCAGACCAAAGAUGGGAAUUCAACUACAAAUUCAAAAAGCAGUCUCCCAAGUUGAAAAAUGGGUCUCGAAAUGGGCUUCAAUUUCCAAGACAGUAUGAAGAGGUGCACACAAAUCCUGACCAAGACUGCUACUUGCUGCAGAUAACGACUCUCAAUUUCAUCUUCACGCCAGUGGUUAUGGGAAUGACUCUAGCAUUGUUUACAAUAAGUGUAAGCACUGAUAUGAGGCACCACCGUGUCAGGAUGCUGUUCCAAGAUUCUCCACUUCCACAUGGAAAGAAGCCAAAAAAGGACCAAGGACUCCAAGUUGUUUUGGACCCUGUGCAUAGUGUGCGCUUACUGGACUGGUGGCAUCCACAGUUUCCCUUUUCUGCCAGCAUUUAGUGUUGUUUCACAACAUUAUGUGAAACUGCAGACACAAAAUGGGUUCUGGAAAGUGCUUUGCAUGGCAGAUACAGAAAAUGAGUUCAGUUUUAAUGCUUUUUGAGAUUUCUAUAUUUCUGUUAUAUAAAGGUAAGAUUAGCAACUGAAGUCUAAAAGUUGAAAGCUCAAGUGUUGACAGUAAUUGGAAUAUGGCAUCUGAGAAACAGAAAAGUAAUCUUAAUUUAGAUAAAGGCACUGUUCAGCACCACAACUUGCUUUUAUUUUAUAUUGCAGAAUGUCUAAGAUGUGGUGCAGACCACUUUUGACUUGGAAUUUAUGAAGUUGUUUUUCAAACACUUGCAGUAAUUUUCAAUGGGCAGCAGGACAGUUGCUUACAUAUAUUUGCCUCUCAUUUAGAAUGCGUUCAUUCAAUGCACUACAUAUAUUUAUCUGAAUUACGGCCAAUAUAAAAAAUCUGUUUGUAAAAUGUUCCACUAAAGACUGUUGUAAAAUAGGUUGCAGAACUCCCGAGAAACAGAGCUGAGUUUUGCUAAGAGCAUUAAAUUUAACAGGUUAAAAUCACUCUCUCAGAUUGUUUUGACUCACUAGAAAAAUGAGUCUUUGCAGUCAACUUAUUGCUGAGAAAAUACUUGCAUGAGCACUGUUUCAAUUUCAGACCAUGUUGCCCUCCAACCCCCCCCACCCUGCCCCCAACCUACCAUUUUAAUUCUGAAGAGUCAGAAUUGAACGAAAUUGAAAGCAAGUGUUUAAGUGAUGGUGUGUUCACCAGAUUACACCUGGAGAAGGCGCAAUUAGUUAGUCACCAUCAUAUUUAGAAAUGUUCAAAAAAAAUUUUAAUUGUAAGGAAGUAAACUUUCAUAUUACCCACUCAAAAAAAAAGGCAUACUUAUUCUUACUUUCCAUGAAGUAUAGUGGAGGAAUGUUUCAUAAUCCAUCCCCAGUUUAGUUGCUGUGUAGAGUAAUUUGACAAAUAAAUUGUCUUACCAUAUUAUUAUAGCUAGUAUGGGGCAGUGAUAAAUAUUUAUCGAUCCUUGCUCAGAAAGCAAGGUUAAAUGUCAAGUUUUACUUACUGUCUCUGGGCAAGAAUUAUCAAGAGGGCUGAUAUAUACACAAUCUGAGAAAUCUGAUUUUUGUUUUAUGCUUUCAGAAUCUCUAAAAAUAACUAAGCUUGUCGGUUGCAAAUCUUAUUUCAACUACAAAAUAGUCGCUUGGUGCAGUUCGUUAUUUGAAUCAGAAAACCUGUUUUAAAUGCUCUAAAGACUAAAACAUGAAAGCGUAAUGGCACAUUAAUAUUCUGAUCAUCUAAUUUGGAAUGUUAUUUAACAUGCCAUAAAUGAAGUAAAAUAAGUUAAUUUCCAAGUUGGCAUUACAUUUGUAAACAGGCUUUGUUUCUGUAGGUGUGGAAUUGUGGAAUUCAAAGAUAAUCAUUGAAGGCAAUAUCAUGGAUGAAAAUAAUUGUUUCUUGUUAAUAUUUGAAGACAAAAAAUUUGUUUUCUGAAGCAAAACCAAUAUAUACACAGAUGACUUUCAGCUUGCUUGGGUUUAAUAAUAUAAAUGUUUCAGUGUAGUCUGAAGCUUACAAAGUCAUGUUUUUAUCCCAAAUGAACAUUUAAACCAAUGUGUGAAAACUUAAGAGUUAAAUUAUUUUGAGUUUGUUAUUUGUGUUAGAGCCAAUGUAGUUUCUGCGUCUGUUAAAGUAUUAUUUCUCAUUAAAUAUGUAUAAACAGCAAGUUGAAAGAUAAUUUUAAUUUCUGGAUUGAUUAUAAAUAGUGGUCUCAAAACAAACGUGCAUACAUUAAUGCCCAUGUUUAAACAUGCAGACUCUCUGUUUAGGAGAAACUAUUUGGCCUUUGCUAUGUUUAAAAUCAGUGACCCUGUUCUUAAAAUUACUGUGCCAAUUUUCUACUUAUCACUUGACUCAAGAUUCAGUAACUUUCUGUUACUGAAACUAAGUUCCCUGAGACUGGCAUUUAAAUCAUUGCAUUGUGAAUAGGGGAAAAUAUCAAUAACAGUCUUAUUUUUAAGUGAUAGCCUUUAAAGCAUAGACUGUCAAUUAAACUAUACAAUUUUCUGCUGGGAAAGAUAAAAUAUUGAUCGAUGAAAACAGCAUAGCUGAAAACUGCUGAAAGUCUCGUUGAAUGUGAAGUUUCUGCCAACAAUGUAAUUCUUGUAUUUAAAUUUUUCUUGUAAGCAUUCUAAACAUUGAAACGUAGUGGAACUCAUUUUUGAUGAAAUGUUUGAUUGCUCAUGCGUGCAGGUAGUUUACAAUAAAGAACAGGCACAUGUUUGAAGAAUAAUUUGGAGAAUUCAAGUUGCAAGUAUUGAAUUUUUAAGUUAAAUGAGAACCAGGUCCCCAAGUGUAACACUAUCUUCAAGAUAUUCAAAAAAGUUUUCUGAAUAAUAUAUUUAACAUGGAACUUGCUUUUUUGAAGAAAUUUUCCAGUUGCUUUGAUAAGAUGUCUUUUUAAUCUGAAUAUUCUUGUGCUCAUCCAUUUUUGCACUUCAAAUAGCAAGGCUCAAUUUAACAAUUUGUAGCCAUGAUUUUUUUUUUACACAGCUUACAGGGUGGUGGUGCAUUUUGAGGUAACAAGAGGACUUACUUGUAUUUUUAAUUUUCUGUGAUACAGCAUUCCAGGUUUUCUGCCACUUUGGCAUUUGAGUUGAGAUUUAGUAUUUUCAAAAGCAUAAAACACUCAUUCACUUUUCCUUGGUGAGGGGAGCUAAUUUGAGGAAUGUAAUUAAGUUUGAUCAUUAAAAAUAACUACACAUAGAUUUUUGGAUAGUUAGUUUUAAUGCUUAUGCCCAUUUAAAAUUGAGAUUUUCACGCCAAUGGAAAUAGUCUCUUUCAAUAAGUUGCCUUGCUGUAAGUUCAUGUUUAAUGAAUAUACUCAGUGGAUAGAAACAAAUGUGGGGAAAAUACUUUGUAGACCUUAGUUGUUGAACAUCGAAUAGUACAGCACUACCUAUUUAUAAGUGAGGCAGAAUCCAUGAAUUGAUCAACCUGUUCAUUUUGCUCACAAUGUAUUGCUUCUGUACUGUAAAAUAUCAGUAAAAUCUACUGAAGUAUAACCUGACUCCCUCAACUGGACUUUAAGUAAAUGUUUAGCUUGAUGUAGGUUGUCAUCUAAUGAGCUUGAUUGCCUGAACUCAUUUCUUGGAUUUGUUUCUUUCAUAAUCAGUGAACCGACUGUUCAUUUUUUUAAAAAAUAAGUUACACUUUUCAAAAGUUGAACUGUUUCUGUGCAAGACUAAGUCAUUUUCAGAAGGAAUAGAUUGCAUUUUUACACUGUGUACAAUUUCAU